AUGUGGAGCGACAGGAGCUCACUUCCUGGACGUCUGUCUGGAAAUGACUACGAAGAAUAUAUCCGCGAGUUGCUGACCGGCUCACGCAACGAUCAAGGUGACAAGCAACGAGAGCUGCAGCAGUUGAAGUGCGAAGCAGUUGCGAAUGCAAAAAAUCAUACUGGGGAGAAACUCUGGAAUCGAUUGUUCGGGACGAUUGAAAGCAAUGACAGACAAACCGGCGAAGCAUCAGUGGACAUUGUGAUGGCCGAGGGCAAGGAUGUGUUGCAGUGUCUAGGAGCGGGCGCGGAGAUGUUGUUGGGAGAGCCAACUCUCCCAACUGGUACGGUUGUGGAAGUCACAGUCCAAGGACCGUUGUUCUACGUGAAGUGUUUUCAACUUGAAAAGUAUCUGACGAUCUGCGCGUUGCAGACGCCACCGACAGUGCCACCUGCCGCCGUGCUUGUGAUCAACCGCAAACCAAUUGAGUGCCGUGAGGACUGGAUGAAGGCCGUCAAAAAGUUCCCUAGACUUCAGACCUUGGCACAGCAGGGCAACUUCAGGACUGUCUAUUGCCCACACUCGGUUCACCAUGCGCAGUACCGCCAAAAGAUUGACGAAAAGAUUCUGCAGAAGCUGCAUGCCUACGCAGUGGAAGGUUACCCUAAGCAGCCUUUGCGUUUGAUGCUAGUCCAUCAUGCACAUCCUCGGCAUGAAGCCGCCGUGGAGCAGCUCAACUCCUCCGAGGCGUCCGAAAGAUCUGUCAAGGGCGAGGAGCUUAGCGACGGAAACGAAGCUAGCAGAACAUGGCCGCACUUCCCACGGUGCCCGUUGGUCCAGCGGCAGACGCUGGGGGCGUGCCUGGCGCUUGCGCUAGGCUUAGAGCUCUGGAGCCUCGAAGACGUGCGCCUCGCCAGCCUUCAUCCCCUUUUGGUGCCUUCUGUUACCCCAAAUGUUCCCCAGGGCCGCGUUACCCCAAUGUUGCCGUGUUACCCCAAAAUGUUACCCCAGAGCCGCGUGGAAGGAUACCAGGAGCAUAUCGGGCAGGACCGGGGCUCUUAUGGCGACGACGCGACGACCAGCGCUGGUGGUGAGGGCCGGCGGGUGAGGAUAGCGGUGAGGAUCGAUCGGGGCGGGGCGGAUGACACGACAGCGCGACGACGAGCAUCCGUGGUGAGGGCCGGGGGGGGUGAGGAUACCGUUGAGGAAAGAGGAGUGGAAUGUGGCUUUGCAGAUAUUCGUGAGCGUAUCCUUGGCUAUGUGCUGGGCUACGCGAGUGCCUCCACUAUUGGUGGGGCCAUCUACGACCUGGCCCGUUGGCCUGGUGUAGUCAUUGCGCACUUCUGCCUACAAGUGGUCGUGUGUGCUGUGCUCGUGGUGGAGCCAUGUGUGCACAAAAGCAUUGCAGACCCAUGCCGCCGAUGUUGCCGCCGAUGCUACAGCCACACAGAGGAUUCGAAGCCGACUGAGAUGAGCUCGGUGCUGCCCGGGUCGGAAUCGGCGGGCGUGUCCGUACGUGUAGUGGCGGCGCCUCCCACCGAGCAACCUGGCGCAGUUGCAGAAGAUCUUGACCAGAACGGCCAGCUUGGACCCACCUUAGACAACCUUUGUUUCAGCUGCUACUGA